UAAACAGAAAUUAUUUCCCUACCAAUUUAGAUUUUGAUAAUGCCGUGCCAGAUUCAAAUGAUUGAGCUAGUACAAUAUAAAACAUAUAGGACAUAGAUUUAAAAUAUUUUGUUCCUGGUAUAGUUUCUUUAUGUCCGACAUUGCAGCAUGCCAGUGAACUUGUUGCUUUUAAUAUCUAACCUUAUGCUUUCCUGUCCUGCUGGGCGCUGCAAACUCAACCUGCCUUCUUCUAUCAAGUUAAUAAAUAUAAAAGAGGUAAAUUAAAUUCAGCAAGGUCAAUUAAAACAUAGUGACUGGAUUAUAAAGUGAGUGCACCCUAUUAGGCCUCUGUGCCUCCUAUAUCACAUGAUGGCAUUUCAACAAAUAGUAUCUGAUAGGCCUGGAGGCCUUGAGGGGGCCAUGUUCCCACUCUAUAUGUCACUGAAUAUAUUUAAUGUUUUCUGUGCGCUGCAGCUCUGGAGUGCUGAUAAAGGCAGCUGAAACAACUUCACUUUUGAUGUUAAAGCUUUGUCAGGGGAUUCCAAGAGUGUUUGCAACCCUAAGGUGCUUUUUAGUUCAUGUAUAUUUGCAAAAGUGCAAGAUUGCAACUGAUUAUUGCUCUUUGAGUAGGCAGGUUAGUUGAAUGUUAAAGAUAGGAACCUUUAUUGUGCACAUUGUAAGGCAGUCAUGGUGACUUUAACACCACCUCCCAUUAUUUUUUCAAAGUGUACCUAUUUAAGUUAAUUUAAUUUAAUAAAUUAAACUGAAUGUUAUGUUAGAAUAUUUUCCCCCAUACAAAUGACCUAAUGUUAAGUUUGAAUUCAUGCUAAAGUACAACCAUUUGAAUUUGCAGAAGCUGGACAUUUAAACUUUUUCUCUAUCACUUUUAAAUAUUUCAUUACGAUUUAUAAUUAAGGCGAGACACUGCAGGCAAAAACAUAAGUUUUAUCUUGCACUGGUUAAUUUGAGAUUUUGGGCUGCUUUACUUUCAGAACAUGUCUUCUCUCAGACUUUUUUCCAAGAGAACAUCCAAAAUACACAUUUAGUGGUUUACUCUACUCCACCUAAUCUAUUUGUGUCUGUAUAUUUCACCAAAAGUUAGCUUUAGAUGAUGCCUCAUUUGCAUAUUUAAACAUACAAAUUCAGAAAACAUGUAAACACAAAUAUCUGUCUUUAUUUUAUUUUUUUCCCCAUACCAUUCACUUGUAGGGACCCCCCCUUAACAUUUACCUAUAACUGUUUCAAGUGUUAUCUUUUAUAAAUGACUUUUUUCUAUUCAUAACUGUCAGCUGCAUUAACGGUUUCAAGAUCCCUGCUAGCAUGCUCAUUUUCUUUCCAAUCAUUUUUUUUUGUUUAAAUUUCACACACUCUUAAUCAACUGCAGAAAGACCCACUGGGGUACGAGUACUUCUGGUUAAAAAUCAGUGAUAUAGAUCCUCCUGCUACUGUGACAACACUGGCAGGAAGAUAGAUGGCUACAGUAGAUGGAGGGCAGAGUGAGCAGUAGUGGCAGCACUCUAAAUUUAGUCCCCCCCUCUGCUCAUGAACUAAAUACCAAUGACAACAGUCAAACUGACACCCACCCACCCACCCACUCAUUCAGUCACUCAGUCAGACGGGUCAGGCUGCAGCCCCCUCCGCCCACCCUCCCCACAACAAGCCCCAGUGCCGGGGAGCGCGAGCACCCACACAGGUCGCACUACCCAGUCUGACCCUUUCGCCUCUCAACUUUCUGACUUCCUACCCUGAGGAGACAGCCACAACUUGAGACUCCGCCCUGAGGGUCCUUCAGGACAGGUAAGCCGUCACUCAAGCCUCUCCACAGGUGUGCUGUGUAGCUCUAACGUGACACUUCCACUUUGAGUCAAGCAUGAUUCUCCCUCUUCAUUUUUUGUCAAUCACACAGCUUCCCUCGUGUUAAUGUUGCUACUGAUUUUCUUAAAUUAUUUUUUAUUUAAAAAAUAUAUAUAUAAAUCUCCUUUUGUCUUGUAUGGUGUGUUUAUGUGGGAAAUUGAAAAGCUAUUAUGAAAAAUAAAAGCAAACUUUGCAAUCUUACUUUUUAUCUACUAAGCCAAAACCAAUGAUCCUAAAGUGAUUUGCAUGGUGGCUUUGAAAAGCUCAUUCGUUCCACCAAGGAAAUGUAUGAAAAGCAUUUUGGAUUGGAAUGAAACAUUUGUGUUGUAUUUACUGACACCAUGGUGUAAACUUUCCUCUGUGCUAUUUCAUCCACUGUCUCACGUGUUUGCUGUGACAACACCAUGUUCUCUGUCUGUGUCCUUUCAGCCCACUUGGGCAAUUUCAAACAUAUUGAUUCCCAGACCCCUGACACAGCUGGUUGCCAUGUCUGAAGAGCAUGUGCUUGGCGUUUAACAGCCCAAGGUUAUUUAAAGGGAUGUGCUAACUUUGCCCUUUUCACUGCCCCAAUAAAUUCUAUCUGCUCCGGCGGGUCUUUGUGCGUGGUGUGGAUGCUCGAUGUUGGCCAAUCAAUGGCCAACAUGCAGCCGGGUUGUCUUGCUUUUGUGUCUUGUUGUAUGUUUGAACAGGUUGUACUGAUGUGCUUUGUCUCCUGUGACUUUUCGCCUCACCCUGGACUCCCCAGGGGCAGCCAUGUCACAGUUCUCCACCAUGACGACUAGGGAGAGGAAAAUGCAGGCAGCAGCAAUCUGCAGGGAGGUUCAAGGCCAGGAAGGUAUCAGUAUCAUUUCCUCAUUACUUCCUUGUUUUCUAAGACCUCUCGCUUUCUCCCUCUUUCUCUAGUUCCAUCCUUUCUUUGCUUCUGUUGCCCUCUCACCUUCCCUCCUCCUUAAACCCUGCUCAUAUCACCCCCUACAUUCUCUAUUUAUCACACGUAUCAACACAGAUUUAACACCAUAACUUCCUGUGCACAUUUAAUUCCCAGGCACAUUAACUUUACUGUAAACGCCUGCUCACAGGCAUGCACUGGGCACUACCAAGUUCACUUUACAGAAGUUAUGAACCCACCAUUUGGCAGCAGUUGCCAACCCUCCCUUCUAAGACCCUGACUAUAAAUAAGUAAAUGAAUACUUUUAUGGUUGAAAGUAACUAAUCCUUUUGUCGUUGUCCUUUGAACACGCUAUUUCAAGGCGAGGACAACUGUGUGGCUGCGUCUGAGGGCUACUGACAGCUGAGAGAUAUUCUGGCAAAUUAUGUGCCUCACACUUGGAUAUAGGCCUGACAUCUCCAUGAUCAGCAUGCAGUAGCUAGCACGUGGCACUAACCACAAAACAAGCACUAAACAUGAGUGGAUUAUGAGGAAAGAUAAUUGCUCAUUCAUCAUAUUGGCAGGAGUACCAAGUCAGCAAUCCAUAUACACCAGGGGUUUUUUUUCUAUGUGAAUAUCAUUUGUGUUCAAUGAGGUUUGAUAGUUGGAAGAAUGGGAAACAGGGAAAGAAAUUUGUCUUGUCAGGAAUGAGAUCAAUUUACAAGGGUGUAUUGUAUGCACAAUCUCUUUGUUCUUUGUUUGUCUACUUGUGUCUAGAUGCAGAGAUGGAUCUUGGGAAGAAGAUGAACACGCCUAAGGACAUCAUGCUGGAGGAGCUAUCUCUUGCAUCGAACCGGGGCUCCCGUCUCUUCAAAAUGCGCCAGAGACGCUCUGAAAAAUUCACUUAUGAGAGCAUCCAGAACGAAAACAACAAGCAGCUCAAUAACACAACAAAUUCUGAAACUGCGAAUGGGACUGCCACGGACAGCCACAGUGGUGAAAACAACGGGGAAGUCGAUCAGUCACCUAAUGUGCCUUCUGACAACCCAGAUACAAGCAUGGUGCCAAAUCCAGACAGAAUCGCCCCGGGAUACGGAGGUCCUUUGAAAGACGUCCCUCCAGAGAAGUUCAACAGUACAUCUGUUCCAAAGUCCUACCACUCACCCUGGCAGCAGGCCAUCAGCAGUGACCCGACCCUGGCUGACACUCUCAUCACCAAUAUGUCCCAGCCGGAGCCCCGACCAGACCUACCGGGAUACAAAAGUUUCAAUAGGGUGGCAACCCCGUUUGGUGGCUUUACCAAGGCAGCCAGACCUGCUCCCAUCAAGACCCUCCAGAUGGAACCCCUCCCUGACUACUCUGAGCUCCAGGGGGAUGAGGCGGAACCUCGACCUUCCUUCAACAGAUCUGCUCUGGGGUGGGUGUCGACAGGCGGUGCUGUCCCCCAUCCCACUGAUUCCCUUGAGCCAGUGCUCAUCCCUGAGUCAGAGGACCUUUGAACCCCAUAAUGAGGUCACACAGAGAUGCUGUCUACUUAGUUGCUACAACAGAGGUUAUGGUGGGCAGGAGAAUGUUUCGGUCAGUAUAGAGUCAUGGAGAGAGAAAGUUACCAUGUACGCAGCAGCAUCCCACAGGUUUCAGGGAUGCAACAACUGCACUGCUUUCAAAAUUGAAUGUAUCAACCUGUACAGUGUGCAGAGAGACCACUGGAAUAAAUGGAAGUUAUUGUAUAUUAAUGUGCAUAAGAGUA